GAGUUUAAGUUACAGCCAUUCAGUCGUACAGCAUCGAGUGGUCAUAACAUAGUUUCUUUUAAACAUGCUCUUAAUAAUCCAUGGACUUGUGUUAUGUGUAAUCAUACUAGUCGUUAACUAUGUGUGGAACAAACGUAAAUUUUACUAUUUAUCAUGGCAUUUGAAAGGACCAAUCGCUUUCCCAUUUAUCGGCAAUGCUUGGAUGUUCCUUAAUCCAUCAUGUGGCACGAUAAAUCUAAUUUCGAAGCUCGGUCAUAAGUAUGGGCCACGCAUCCGUUUCUGGUUAGGUUCAAAAUUGUUGGUGUACAUCAAUUCACCGGAGGAUAUGGAAACUUUAAUCAAUUCCAACAUACAAGAUAAAGGCACUGUGUAUGACAGUGUAUCAGAUUUAAUCGGCGGACAUGGACUACUCUCUCUGAAUGGUAAUGACUGGAAAAUCCACAGAAAAUUGCUUAAUCAUACAGUGCAACACUACGGCAUACUGAACAGUUACAGUCCGAUUUUUGAUGAAAAAGUUAAAAUUUUGAUUGCAUUAUUGAAUAAGAAAGUUGGUCAGACAGUAAAUAUUUACGACUACGUUGAAUCAGCUGCUGCCGAAAUUGUUUGCAACACAACUUUCGGAGUGAAUCUGAAGCUGCAGCAAAACGAAAAUAGAAUGUUCUUGGACGCAGUUAACGAAGGAACACGUUUGGUUGCCCUGAAAACGCUGAAGCCUUGGUACCAAAACAAAGUGAUCAUGAGAUUUUCCAAAUAUCAUAAAAUCAGUGUGGAAAGUGCGUCGACGAUAAAGGAAUUUGUGAGGAAGAUUUAUGGCCAAAAAUUGAUGGAAUUUAACAGCCAAAUAUCGAACGAAAGUACAGGAGUGCAUACAGACGAAUUGGGAAUAAAGCAAAGUAGAAACUUUAUCGAUGAGUGCAUACGACUAACCGUGACACAAAAAUGUUUCCAAGAACAAGAUUCGAUUAAUGAAUCAAUAACGAUGCUAUUAGCAGGUUUCGAGACAACUGCUGGAACGGUAGCGAAUGCCAUACUAAUGCUAGCUAUGCAUCCCGAAUAUCAACAGAAAGUGUAUGAAGAGAUUGAGAACAAUUUGACAAAUGAUCAAACAACAGUUACCGCAGAUGUGAUCAAUCAACUCACUUAUACUGACCGUUUGAUCAAAGAAACCCUUCGCCUCUUUCCAAUAAUACCACUGAUAACACGAAUCACUAGGAGUGAAAUGAAAAUAGGAAAACAUGACAUUCCCAUCGGUACCGAAUUCAUUUUGUCCAUAUUCGAUUUACAUCGUAAGGCAUCGAUAUGGGGACCGGAUGCUGACAAAUUUGAUCCGAAUAAUUUUUUACCGGAAAAUGUUGCACAGAGGCAUGCCCAUUCAUUUGUACCGUUUUCAUUCGGGUCACGUAAUUGCGUUGGUGCCCGAUACGCUAAUAUUGUUGUACGAUUGAUUGUUGCGUCUCUGGUUCGAAACUUUAUUUUUACAACCGAAGAGAAAUAUGAAGAUUUGAGGUUGAAAUGGGCGAUAACUUUGAAACUGGAGAAUGGACACUUCGUGAAACUAACGAAACGAAAUUUUUCCUGAUUAUUUGAUUGCAUCGUCUCUGUAUAAUAUUGUUAAUUCGAUUAGGGUAGUCAUAGCCAUACAUAUCUUAAACAGUAAAAACUAUUAACCCAACGCACUGUGAAGCACCGAAGCUGACUUUGACAUCAGACAGUGCGUUGAUUAACCUCAUCCCGCUCAGUCCAUUCCAAAUAUAUUCCACAAUUUCAUAUUACACCACCGCCGUUCUAUUGUAUUUGAAAUCAAUAAAUCACUUUUCCAAUAAACGACAAGAAAACACAAAGAAACAGCAACAAUAAAAAAUCAUUUUCCGUACUCACCAUAGCA